UUUUUAAUAUAGAAUUGCUCACAAGACCUUUUGAAGCUCUAUAGGGUAUCCUCCACAGCAACAUUGGUAGUACCAAACACAACAUCUUCACAGACGCAAUCAUGUCCUCCAGAAUCGCCUUCACGGUACAUGGUCGAGUACAGGGUGUGGGCUUCCGUGAUUUCACCCGGCGGAAAGCUACAAGCUAUGGCUUGACAGGAUUCGUCAAGAACACAUCAGACGACAAGGUAGCGGGCGAGGCCCAAGGCGAUGCAGAAGCACUCAAGAAGCUCAAAGCCGAUCUGAACGAUGGGCCUAGAUCUGCUCAUGUGGUCAAGGUAGAAGUCAAGGAUAUCGAAGCUAAAAGUGGCGAGAAUGGAUUUGAUGCAUGAUACAAAUCCACAAAUGGCACACUUACUGCUGCUCAAGUCGAAGAUCGAUUGAUGCUAUGGUCCGCCGUCAAAUCGGAUUGAGGCCUCACCGAGCAACACCGACAUUGCUGAAGUGUAUGCAUUCUGCGAUGUGGCUUUUGCCAUCAAUACUGCAGGAAGGAAGACAGGCAACCGUGAUGUCGCAGACCGUCGACAUGUGGAACAUGCGCGAAUAAAUGGUUCGACUAUUGAUAUCGAAGAGGUCAUGGAUAGAAAUCAGAAUUCUCAGCCUCGUGGCUGCCAGAUAGAAAUCCCGAAUUGUCCCGACGAACUCGCU